UCGUGACAAUUAUGACUUGCAUUUAGAUACGAAGGAUUGAGAGCGAAUAAUUAUCUAUUAACAGUAUCAGCUUAAAAGGGACCACUAUAGUUAAUACGCAAGGGAGCGAGAACAAGGAAAAGCGUUUGUAUGCGCCCCCAGAAUGCGCACAAGCUGUGCGAAAUCAAUUGGGCAAAGGCAGCAGUAGAAAUAACAACAACAACAGCGGGAAAAUCGAUUUCGGGCGCAGACAGCUGCAACGACGACUGUGACACUGUGGCAGUGAAAAAAAUAAAUUUGCUACGCAAAAUGACUGACAAGAAAAAUGCACAUUUGCAUGGCAGUAGAAGCAGGUGCUCCGUUUUGAGGACCCGGCCACAGGAGCGCUGGAAAAACACACUAUCCAUAUGUUUUGUUAUACUAUGCGUGCUAAACGUUUAUGUCGAGGCGACAGACACAGACAUUGCGUUGGAUGCCAAGGCGACGCUAAACCACAGAAUCGACAGCCUUAAUCUGCUGGUUUACACCUUUCUGCUGACACUGACCGUGCUUACAAUAUGGCUGUUCAAACAUCAUCGCGUCUCGUGGCUGCACGAGACCGGCUUGGCUGUGAUUUAUGGACUAAUUGUUGGUGCUAUCAUAAGAUAUGCGGGGGCAUCCACCACACUCGUUCACAUGCAAGUGGAACCCCAAGGCACGCCCACAUACCAUGAAAAGCUGCCGCCUGAUACGCUCUGGUUUAAGUAUCCUGUUAAUCAGACCAACAGCACAAGGCUGCCUGAGGGCAUAAAGACAUAUGCCUAUGUUUUUCGUGGACAAGUGUACGAUGUGGACGAAAAUGAAAUAGAUCUUAAGGCCACAUUCGAUCCUGAGGUGUUUUUCAAUAUUAUAUUGCCGCCAAUUAUAUUUCAUGCUGGCUACAGCUUAAAAAAGAAAUACUUCUUUCGUAAUCUGGGCGCCAUCUUAAUGUUUGCGAUUGUGGGCACGACUCUAUCAGCGUUCCUAAUCGGUGGUUUUAUGUACGGCUGUGUGAAACUGAUGCCAAAAUAUUUGAGCAGCAGUUUUACAUUCCUGGACACGCUUUAUUUUGGAGCGUUGAUAUCGCCAACAGAUCCACUUACCAUAUUAGCCAUAUUUCAUGACUUGCACGUCGAUGUCAACUUAUAUGCGCUGGUAUUGGGUGAAUCUGUGCUCAACGAUGCCGUUGCCAUAGUGCUAAGCGGUGCCAUACAAAACUAUGGAGAGCAUUAUUCAAAUACAGGCGAAUUCGAGACGACAGCCUUUUUGCGUUCGAUGAGUGACUUCUUCUCCAUAUUUAUUCUAUCACUGCUGAUUGGCGCGAUCAUGGGUUGCUUUACAGCAUUGUUGACCAAAUUUACGCGCGUUCGAGACUUUCCGCUGCUGGAAUCAGCCUUAUUUGUGCUUAUGUCCUACAGCACUUUCCUGUUAGCCGAAGCUACGGAAUUGACAGGCGUUGUGGCCGUAUUAUUUUGCGGUAUUUGCCAAGCACACUACACGUACAAUAAUCUAUCGGAGAGCUCUCGGCAACGGACCAAGCAAAUUUUUGAUUUGUUGAACUUUUUGGCCGAGAACUUCAUAUUUUCGUACAUCGGUGUAUCGAUGUUUACGUUUCCGAAGCAUCAUUUUGAUGCAGGCUUCAUCGUGACAGCAUUCAUUUGUGCUGCCAUUGGACGUGCUGUUAAUGUAUAUCCAUUGUCCUGGCUAUUAAAUAUUAAACGUAAACCCAAAAUUUCAUCGAACUUCCAGCAUAUGCUCUUCUUUGCUGGUUUGCGUGGCGCUAUGUCCUUUGCCCUGGCUAUACGUAACACCGUCUCUGACGCACGCCAAACCAUGUUGACAGCCACAUCCUUGAUUGUUAUUUUCACAGUCAUUAUUCAAGGAGGUGCUGCAAACUUUUUGCUGAAUUGGUUAAAAAUACCUGUUGGAGUCGAUGAUGAGACUGAACAAUUAAACAAUUAUCAAGUUCACAGUGUUUACAAUUCUAUGGAUAAUUCACAUCCACCGCCGGAUGCGGAGGCUGGCGGUGGGCGUGGCAAAACACGUCUAUCUAGUGGCGCCGAUUCGAAUCUGGACACGCCCAUUGAUGGCAGCGUGCCCGGUGUGGGGGCGCGGCGGCGCAACAGCCACGAGAAGGCUAUACUUGCGCGUAUUUGGGGCAACUUUGAUACCAAAUAUAUGAAACCAUUGCUGACCCACUCGCGUCCCACACUACUGGAGACUUUGCCAGUAUGUUGUAAUCCCAUCGCGCGUUUGCUAACCACCACACAACAGCUAACGCAGGAUGGCAGCGAAUUUCGACGCGUUGAUUCCGAUUCGGACAUUUGCAUCGAUAAUGAUACAGUCACAGGCAAUGGCCUGAACAGUGAUGGUCUGGGCGGUGCCCGACGCAACUCAAUAAAUCGCAUGGAAAUUCUGGAACACGUUCAAAGUCCGGUGUCUACGAGAAUAAGGCUAUUAGGAUUUUACGGAAAGAAGUUAUAGAAACGAUAAAAUUACAUUUUUACAAAAAUUAGAUAUUUCUAUAAAGAUAUGCUAAUGAGGCUUUUUAAAUCGAUGAACAAUAAAUAAUGUACAUAUAUAUUUUUUUAAAUCAAUUGCAGUUUGUUGAAAAUUGUUUCGUUUUAAAAUUUUUGUUGUCUCAUAUGCAAUACCAUAUAUCUGUGUAUUUAAAUCGAAACUUGUGUAAUUUUAAUAUUGUGUAAAUGCUUCAAA